CUUAGUAGUUUUCAAAAUAGGUUUCUGCAGGAAGUGUUCAGGUGAAAAUAGCUCUAGUGGACGUACCGCUGCAACAAAAAGAAUGUCCUUUCCUGACAAAACCCCAGAACUUCCUAAGUUCCGACGCUUGACCAGUGGAGCAAUGUUGCAGAAACGUAUUGGCGGCUUAUGGACUCUGCGGCUUUCUGAGGGGGCCGAAGGAUCGAUUUUAGCAGAAGGUCCAAAUGCACAACCUGGAUCAGCCUCUGUUCCGAACGGCCAUUCCCAACCAUUACAACCUUUGCGCAGAAGGCUACCUCCAGAAAGGCUCCCAGAAAUUGGAGAACUGCUGAAGAAUAUUGGUCUUGACGAGGCUGACGAGGAAAAGGAAAAUCAGCCAGUAAAGGAGUCUGCGAUCGAAUCGAUCGCACGACGGGAAAUGCCUCCCCCACAGAAUUCAGCCAAACCUUUCGAAAUGGCUGCAACACCGCGGUUAGGUUUUGUUGAGCCAGAGAAACCGACUAUGCGUAUGUUUGCUCCAAUGUCGAAGGUGCUAAAAGUCAACGGGAAAGACUACAUGAUCAUUGGCGGCCUUGGAUCUGGUGGCUCUUGCGAGGUAUAUUCAGCAUUACACGAAGGUCAAAUUGUGGCAAUCAAGGAUGUGACAUUGCCGAAGGAGGCAGCAGUCAAAGAGAAUUAUCUUCGCGAAAUUCAGAUGCUAAAGAAGCUGAGCGACUGUGAGCAGGUCGUAAGGUUGUUGGACUACGAAGAAGGUGACGGCAAGAUCCUUAUGGUGAUGGAGAAAGGUGACUCGGACCUAUCGGCCGUGUUACAGCGUGCUUCGAAAGAUUGGAUAACUGUUCGUUUCUUUUGGCGGGAUAUGCUGCGCGCCGUUGAACGCAUUCACAAGCUUGGUAUCAUCCACCAGGACUUAAAACCGGCCAAUUUUAUUAUUGUUAAGGGUCGCCUAAAAUUGAUUGACUUCGGCAUCUCAGACGAUAUUGGCGAUGCCACGUCAGUAUUUCGAGAUUGCGCAAUCGGCACAUUCAACUACAUGUCGCCAGAAAUCAUCCAACAGUCACGAGAGUCAUCGAUAAAAACCAGCCGCGCCUCGGACAUCUGGUCACUGGGCUGUAUCCUCUACUCAUUGGCAUUUGGUGAGCCACCGUUUGCUCACAUCAAGAAUAUGAACAACAAGGUUCUGGCAAUCGUCAAUCCAAAGCACGAAAUCUCGUAUCCGGCAGAUGCGGAUCCGGAUUUACUUGAUGUUCUUAAGAGAUGUCUGCGCCGUCAACCAAAAGAGCGAGCCACAGCCGAGGAACUUCUAAAGCACGAUUUCGUGCUUGGUCCACCUUCAAUCAGGUCUACAUACAAAAACAAGUAGAUUCAACAAGUUGGUUCAGUGCUUUUGUAAGCACACUUUGCUCUUGGCUACCCAGUGACUAAUAAACCAAAAUAAAAGCGCUUAUAUAUAAAGGACAGGGUAGUUCUCUGAUCUUCUGGGGGCCAAGUGUAGUCAGCAGGAACAAACGACAAGAGGAAGUACGCAAUACCUCGUAAACACUGAAGUUUAGUUGGCACGAAAUAACUACGAAUCUGAGUUUGAUUCACUUAUGGAUGAACGAUAUGUGGUCGUCAGCUUUUGUCUGCAUCUAAAGAAAAGCGGUUCAGCAGGACUUUAGAGGACGCACGUAGUUUAAGUAGGCAUUUUGUUAUUGGUAAAUAGAUACGACAACAUAGAUUUGUGUUUUCCGAUCCACCUAUUUACAGAACGCGUUUACUAAGAAUCAACGAACUACUUAAUACAAGCACCAUAGACCCAACAACAUACGUCGAGACUCAGUUACGUGUUCUUAUUGUUGUACAUAUUCAAACCACUGCUUCCAUUCAUGUAUUUGUUCUGCAGGCGACUGGAUGUAUUUACUGUCCUCCAUCCGCAGAUGUGUGUAUAUAUAUAUA